AUGCUCGCCUGCCACGCGGGCGACCCGGAAAGAUCAUUUCAGGCCCUAGCAGGCGACCUGAUCUUUCCGGUUCCCGGUUGGGGUAACUGGGAUAUGGAUGCGAAUAUGUAUGCCGGACACAUUAAUUUGGACGUAAAGACUGGGUAUCAGACCAGCCCCAAAAAUCCGCUAGAUAUCAAGCCCGAGACGCUAGCCUUGAUUGCUCAAAAUCCAUCUUUCAGGGAAGCUCGAAGAAAUGCUAGAGAGGUGGUGGUUGGCCGGAUUCCAUACGGUUAUGAGCCGAUCAAGUGCAAGCCGCCGUACUGCAAUCCAUUUGUUCAUCACAGUGGUGUAGCCGUUGAGGUCGAACAAGGCGAUGACACAUUCUUCAUUGGUGGGAUCGACUUCCCUAUAUCACUAGGCACUACGAGUGGCGUACGAUUGCCGUUUUCAGGAGCAGUAGAAGCUGGUACAUCUCCGUAUGCAUACGCUCAUGGAGAUGCCUUCAACCCAGUGUCACCAUUCGAUUUGAAAUCGAUCAACGAUGACGAUGUUUCCCAGGAUGGUAAACGGCGCCGUCCUGCACGAAACUCCAGCGACAAAACUUUCUAUAAGAAGUUCGGUAAUAUUCCUUCGUAA